AACGGUCUUGUUAUUUACGUCAAACUUUUCGCUAGUGUCGUAUUUAUUUUCGUUUCGUUGCCAAUUAUUGAAGCCCUUAUAGCGUCAUAACUAAUGCUACCAAUCAUAGUUUAGCAAACGCAAAUAAGGUUUUAAAAAGCACGCUCGACAAUAGUGUAAAAUCUUUUGUAAAAAAAAAAUGGCGAUGGAACUGCAACCGUUUCUUCACGAAGUACGAUACGACCAGACCUGGCUCGAACAAGUCCUGCUGCAGCUGGGGGAUAUGUUUGAAAUUCGCAUAGUAUGGAACAGUGACACCGCAGUUUUAACAGGAGCAUUUGCGCUGGCUGGUGGGCUUGUGGGGGGCUAUGCGGGGGGCAGGAUGGGCGCCGCCCUCGGGGCUGGUAUCGGCAGUGCAGCGGGCCUUGGAGUUUCUACAUAUGUAUCUCUCCGAGAAAUCUGGGCCUCAGUGAAACACCAGCUCAAGGAGAUCCUCUUCAUCAUCUUCAACUACCUGCGGCGAAUGGACCCGGUGGAUUACUACCACGCCUUGGAGCUAGUCCUAGCCUGUACAGCUAGUCGGAGGGAACUGGUGAUGACUUUACUGGACUUCAUCGCUUCUAAGUUGGGGAAGGAGGUGCUGUCCAGUAUUACUGCAGCGUAGGACCCCAAGAAUCACAAUAUUUUGUAAAAAUGUUGAGAAGUGUAGAAAAUUUUAGAUUUGUGUUUAACAGUUUCACUGUGGUACCUGUUUAUGUGGAUAGGGCUAAAGUUGCAACAUUGCACUAUUAUUAUUUAGUAGAUACAGUAAAUCCAUCCAACUCAAAGGGAUAAGUUCGCCUUUGUACUAAUGUCGAAUGUUAUUUUUCCUGUUUUGUUUUUAUUUUUGUACAAUAAAGUGUUUUAUUAUUACUACUACUACUACUAUAAGUCCAGUUGUCCAGUGCUACAACUAUGGACAACAAAUUUGACACCUAUUUAAGUAACAAUAGCAAUCUUGUUUUUGGUAUUCGCCCGUCUUCCUUUUAUAUGAAAACAUUUUGUCUCAGACUGGAAUCCGUUUAUAUUCAUUCACACUGGAACAAAUCCUCAAAGUUAAAACUUCAAAGUUACUCGAAUUUGUUUUUGACGAUAAUAUUUGUGAUCUUUUGGACUAUAGUUGUGUGGUUUGACAGUACUGGUUAUUGUUUUCCUAAUAGGUUUUUAUUUUUAUACGCAGGGAAAGGGACUUCUCUGUAAUGACGAUAUUGGUUUAUAAAACCAAUAUGUAUUUUUUUGCAUCUUUAGAUUAUUUACCGGUGACGUAAAGUUUAUUAUUAUUAUCGCUAUAUUUUUAAUAAUGACUAAUAUAAUGUGAAAAUAUUAAAUUAUUAAUUUGUGUAAAAUACUAAACUUGUACAAUAAUAAUUUCAGAUUUAUUUGAAAAUUAAUACAUACUUUAAUGUGCCUUAAAAUUCUUAAUUGUAGGUAUAUACCUAUUUUUGUAUUAUAUAAAAUCUGUAUGUAAAAGCUCAUUGCAUGGACCGAAAAUCAAAUAAGCAUAAAAUAUAAUGUGAUAUUCUCAUAUCACUAUCAGUGUUUAUUGUAGGUAUAAGCAGCUAUUCCAGAUAAUUUUAAAAGUAGAAAAGUUUUAAUGUACUUAUUUUUUAACAUUAUCUUAUCAACCUCAUAGAAAUUGCACACAGCUUUCUUUAAAUGUUUAAUAAUAGCAAUGCUGUCUAAAAAUAUUGCUAGUAUAAAAUAAAACUGACAAAAGCUUUUGAGGUUUAGAAUCUUGUUUUUUUUGACUCAGUCAUAGACUGACUGCUCAAUAAUAUCAGUCAGAUGGUAAAAACAAAUUCAAUCACGGGGCAAAGUGCCUACUCUAGAGCUCUAGGUAGAUUAGAUAAUUGCAACUCCGGUAGUAGUUUUAGCUUAGAAUGUGAUUUAAUGUUUGCUCAACAUACAUAUAAUAGUCUUACUAAUUAAGGCUCACGUCUAAUAGUGAUGGGCUAAGGAGCGCCACUUGCGCGUUCCAGAGUUAGCCAACGGAGUUAACACAUUAUAUAGAGCAGUGUAACCCUGUAGGUAUUAACUCUGAGUUAGGCACUGGUCCCACCGCGAGCUAGUAAGCUAUCGGCUAUAAACACGAACAAAAGAUAAGCACUGCCGUGUAAAUAAAAGAGACACGGCGAUAUUUAUAGU